GGGCGGUGUGUGCGCGUGGAGGGGCAGGAUCGCCGAAUGUGACACGGAAAUUAAGGAAGUUGGUGAGGUGGUGUUGACAAGUUGAGCUCUUUGUGUCUUCUCUUAUUUCUCAGCCUGUUUAAACGUUUCGUGGCGUAACACACAAGCGAGUGCGCGUGUGUUUGUGUGUAUUCACCGCGGACACAUUUUGCGAGAAAAGACAAGAUUUCGCGAAACGAAAGUAAACUGAAGCGGAGUCGAGCGGCCAUGGACGAGGACAUGGAGGACCCUUUACCGCUGCAGCAGGACCUCACCUGCCCCGUGUGUCAGCUCAUCUUCACCGACCCGGUGCUGCUCCACUGCAGCCACAGCUUCUGCCGGGACUGUCUGCAGAAGAGCUCCCAGGUCAACAAGAAGUGUCCGCUGUGCAGGGAGGAGUUCGAGGAGGGCCACGCCGUCUCCAACCGCGCGCUCAGCAGCGCGUGCGAGACCUUCCAGCGGCAGGUGAGCAGCCGGCAGUCGAAGCAGAGAUUCCCGGGAGAGGACACCUGCAACCUGCACCUGAAGCCGCUGGAGCUGUACUGCGAGAAGGACGAGGAGCCCGUGUGCGUGGACUGCGUGACCCUCCACAACACGCACAGGCUGUGGUCCCUGAAGGAGGGGGCCCCCAUCUGUAAGAGAGAGCUGGGCUUUAAAGUCGAAAUCUUUGAAAAGAAAGUAGAUUUGUACAAGAAAACAGCACACAGGCUGAAGAAUGCAAUGGAAUACAUCAAGUAUCAAGCCAGUCAGGCGGAGAAACAGAUCAAGGCAGAGUUUGUGAGACUCCAUGAAAUACUUGUGGCAGAAGAAGCUCUGCGUCUCAAAGCCCUGUCUACUGAGGAGGACCAGAAGAUUGCAGCCAUGAAUGAGCUGCUGGCGUUGACGAACAAGGGCAUUGUUGAUUUGAAAGCGCUCAUAGACUCACUGAAGAAAGAGAUGGGCAACGAGGACCUAGCUUUCCUGCAGAAAUUCCAAGUUUUGAAGAGAAAAGCCGAGUGGACAACUGAAGACCCUUGUCUCUCCAAUGACUCUCUUUUGGACAUGGGCAAGCAUGUUGGUUCUUUAGGCUUCAAGAUCUGGAAGAACAUGCAGACACAUGUGAAAUAUUAUCCAGUGGUGCUGAACCCAAACACAGCAUCUCCAUGGCUGAGCUUGAGUCCUGACCUGUCUGAAGUAAAGGAAAGCCCCGAGCGACUGACUGCUCCAAACAACCCCGAGCGCUUUGAUCCCUGCGUCUUUGUCCUGGGUGCUGAAGGUUACACCUCUGGGAAACACAAAUGGGACAUCCAUGUUGGUGACAACCCAAAGUGGGUUGUGGGUGUGUGCAAAGAGUCAGUGGCUCGUAAGAAGAAGUUUACGGUGUCUUCAGAUCGAGGUGUGUGGGCCAUACAACUCAGUAAAGGGGUCUACACUGCCCUAACGGCUCAGCGUGAGCAGCUGCAGGUGCAGGAGCGUCCGGAGAAAAUCCGAAUUAAGCUCAAUUAUGAAAAAGGAGAGGUGUCAUUUUGGGAUGCGGGAACAGCAAAGCACCUGGUCACACUCUCACAUGAAUUCGAUGAGAAGGUGUUUCCUAUGUUUGGGCCUGGCCUCCACAGCACACCUGUGGUUCUGGUUCCUGGAAAAGUAGCUGUGCACACAUAGUGAGGGGUCGGUACAUGGUAGAACGCUGGUUCUUUACUUUAGAGAUGUAGAAGUAAACUUGAGGAAUUACUGUUUUCCAAACUCUAGUGUUUUUUAUAACCAUUAUAACAACACAAGUAUGAGUUAACCCAAAGAUUAUAUUACAGAAAAGAUUUUGAAAAAUGACAAAGUAAUCUCACAUUAUCGAAAAGACUUUUAGGAAAGCUUCACAAAUACUUCCUAAAAUUAAACUGAUUCACUUAUGUGUAAGGCAUAGAUAAGUGUUAAUUAAAUGUCCUGAGGUUAGUGGAAGAAAGGCUCACUGUGUGGCUACUGAUGCGGCACAGGAAACAAAAAAGUGAAAUGAGCCUAAGCAAAACUGGUCAUCAUAGACCAUAGGAUACUGAAUAUUUUAGAUGUGCCGUAGCUACAGGAAACUGGAUUGACCAGCUUUUUUAUUAUAGACACUGACCAAAAUAUAAAUGAUGCCAAAGCAACGGCAGUUUGGCUGAUGCUGGUCAUAAACAUUGAUGAAGUUUAAAAUGUGAACUAUGUGCAAAAGAGAAACAUUCAUGUAAAUACCUGAUAGUAGCUCCUGUCAUGUUGUGUAACAGUUCACCACUUUAAAGGAAAAAGUGUAUUAUCAACUGAUUUCAAGUGUUACAGUGUGUGUUACAAUGAAUUUAAUAAUGCACGGUACAUGUCAUGGUAUCGUUACAUGAAAUGCACCCGUAGAAGCAAAAAGUGUAGAAAAUCCUUCAACACUAACUGCUGCUAAUUUGCUUUUUCAAAAUAAGAAGGGGUUGAAAACAAAA